AACCACGAAAUCGCACUACAGAGUAUCACCGAUCUACGUCAAAAGGUCGAUAAACGGCUAAACACGCUACAGAAGGACGUCACAGACAAGUUGAUCGCGUCGUUCAAAGAAGAGAAGAUAAACAUGGAGGCGUCAUUACGGCAGUGUGAACGUCUGAUGAAUAGUAUGUUAAAUACCAUGAAGUCGUCCGUUACCGCCGUAGAGGGAAAUGACCACAUUGAGACGAUAGUGCUGUACCAGAGAGGACAGGCAGAGGUGGAAUCUUGUAAGGCCCUGAUCACGGAGAUGAGAAAGUCGUACACGUCCGUCAACAUUAAACAUCAGGUUAUUAGUGGACUCGGCAACCUUGGGGAUGACGCAAUGGGAAAGAUCAUCAUCGAGAAACAACCACGACGUUUCCCUGGCAAUCAUUGUGAUAUAAAACCACCCUUGUUAGAACGCAAAGUGAAGGAAAUCGGAAAGUUCAACAUAAAGGUUCCGUCGGAUAAAUAUAAUUGCAGUGCCCGUGGUGUUGUGUACCUUCCAUGUGAUCAAAUAGUGGUAAGUGAUAUCGACAACAAGAAGCUGAAGCUGUUUACAGACAAAGGACAGUUCCUGGACGAGUUGACCAUUCGAGGAUAUCCCUAUGAUCUGUGUCUGGUGGACAACAACACUGUGGCGGUCGCUGUCUCCCGUCCUGGUGGUAUACAUGUCGUGAAAGUCGAGGCAUCCAAACUCUCCCUGUCGUCUGAGAUCAGGAUGCCAAACGGUGAGGACUGCUAUGGUAUAACACAUACAGACGGGAGGUUUAUCGUGGGUACAAAUGGAGGAGGAGUAUACAGUGUAACACUGGACGGCGUGGCUGACUUGUUACAUCAGUAUAACAGUAACUGUUGGUCACUCACACAUGACUCAGUAAAGGGAGACACACUCGUCAGUGUCAGUAACGGCACCCCGGGAGACGUCGCGGUGUCCAGACUGUCGGCUGAUAAACGUCACACGGAGGUGAUGAAGGUCGGCGUCGUGAGUCGUCCCUGGGGAAUAGACGUAGACAGGGAGGGAAACAUAUAUGUGUGUGGUUAUAGUUCAAACAACGUCGUACAGAUGUCUUGGGACGGGACACACGUUAGGGAACUGCUGACGUCAUCGGAUGGGAUGAAGUAUCCAAUGGCAAUAUCUGUCAAUGCUUCAUAUCAUAUAAUUCCACGUGACAAACAGUUGGAACGACAAAGAUUUCACAUCAGCGAAGGUAUUGUCGGACAAUCGAAUGAAGAGGAGAAGGAUGAGGAAAAGGAGGAAGAGGAGAAGGAGGAGGAGGGGCUGGAUUAUUAA